UUUUUAUAGAUUUUCUGUGUUUGUUUCUGUCAAGUGAGCAAAUUUUGUUCGUGAUAUCUAAAAAAAUAUUAACAUUUUAACAUUAUUCAUAAAAAAAUAAUUUAUUUAUAAUAUACUUGAUCGUAGUUUACCGUAAGGCUUUCGUAUUCAAGUGUACUUAACAUUUGAAUACUACAAUCAUUUGAUUUAAGAACUUUUUGUGCGUAACAUCAUACCUUUCCAGUUUGUAGCGACUUCAAACAUGCCCGUCAAAGAUGAUAUAGUACCUCCGCCACCAGCUAAUUCAAAACAAACAGGAGUUACUAAAACAUUGCUCUAUAAUGGAUCAAAAUUCCAGGGAUUUCAAAAAUCACAAGGAAAUUCCUACGAUGUGGAGGUUGUUUUGCAGCACGUAGAUAUGGAGAACUCGUUUUUAUGCGGCUACCUUAAGAUAAACGGGCUAACGUUUGAAUUCCCAACAUUAACCACAUUUUUCGAUGGAGAAAUAAUUUCGAAAAAAUAUCCAUUUUUGACAAGAAAGUGGGAAGCUAACGCAGAUGUUGAUAGAGGUCAUUGGGGUAAAUUCAAUGCUUUUGCUGACUACAAAGAUAUAUUCUAUUCUGAUAAUUUUGACUACGAGACAUUGGAGAAAAGUGAUUAUGUUUUUAUGCGAUGGAAGGAACACUUUUUAGUGCCGGAUCAUACAAUUAAAGACAUAAAUGGUGCAUCAUUUGCUGGAUUCUAUUAUAUAUGCUUUACAAAAUCAAAAGGCAAAAUGGAAGGAUAUUAUUAUCAUAAGUCAUCAGAGCUGUAUCAAUCCAUCGAAUUAAAUCAUGUGCCCGAAAAUUGUAUUGAAAUUUACGAAUUUAGAUAAAUUUCAAAUUCGAUUGAGUUCACUUAGCGUUGUAGCUUAAAUUUAUUGGUUAAAAUUUUAGUCAUUUAAAAUUGGCGAUGACAACGUUGGGAACAUACAAAAUAAGCAAAUCUAUAUCCAUAUAAACAAUUUGCAUUGUUACACGUAGUGAGCAAGAUAAUGCUCUUCGCCAAUUGUUUAAUUGUAAAUAAGAUACCAAACAAAUUAAAAUAAUAAAAAAGUACAUAUUUUUCA